ACUCUGGGCUUGCUCAUUGGGAGUGUCUUACUUGACAUAAAACGCAAUUAGGUUGAAUCUUUCAAUUUGAUGAUAAUCUAGCUGCCAAACAGGAAAUAACAACCUUUAUUUAAUAUAUCUUAGCAAAAUGGCAGCCACACGAAGAUUGCAAAAAGAACUGGCAGACAUCCGAUCGUCAGGCAUGAAAUCCUUUCGUGACAUUCUUGUAGAUGAAACAAAUUUACUACUUUGGACGGGAUUGAUUGUACCGGCUGUCCCCGAGAUACGCUAUCAAUGGGAACCGACAAAAAACCGCUUAUCUAAUUUCCGCGAUAACGUCCCCUAUAACAAAGGAGCUUUUAGAAUAGAGAUAAAUUUUCCAGCCGAAUACCCAUUCAAACCACCAAAGAUUUCGUUUAAAACCAAAAUAUACCACCCAAAUAUUGAUGAAAAGGGUCAAGUUUGUCUUCCGAUUAUAAGUGCCGAAAAUUGGAAACCGGCAACAAAAACAGACCAAGGUUAUUAUUCAGGCGUUAAUAGAGUUGGUCAAUGAUCCCGAACCUGAACAUCCUUUACGUGCAGACCUGGCGGAAGAAUUUCUAAAAGAUAGGAAAAAAUUUACAAAAAAUGCCGAAGAACAUACCAGAAAGCACAGCGAAAAGCGACCGGAAUAAAAUAAUAGAUGUGAAUACUAGAUGCUACACCAUCAAGAUCAUCGGAUGUUCAUCAUUGAAAAAAAAAACAGUUGUAAAUUGUAAAACGAUAUUAGGGAGAUGUUACUUACAUUCGCUUAAAUCAAAUACAUGCGUUAUCUGAGCGACGAUAAGAUAAUCAUUGAUACUCGAUGAACGUCACAUCUGUUUAGUCGAAUCCAACAAUCUGAAAAUUUUAUUAAAAAAAAUCCUUAAUUCAAA